CAAUGAAUUGCAAAAAUGGCAGGAAGAAAGAGAAAGAAGGAAUCUACAUUCUACGGUGUACAGUGCACGCACACUGGGCAGAGCUACUCUCGACUAUCGAAGCGCAAUAAUAAAGAAUACUCACCGGCGUCGCUGUCGUUUGACUGUUGUUCAGCUGAGAGCUUCAAUCCGAAUUCGAAUUAAAAAGGGAUUAAGCUAUGGAGGCGAGCAGAAUUUUGGGGAAUACGACAACCGCAAAACGCCAUUUUUGUUUGGAAACGAGAGAAUUUUGUUUGAAUUAGUUAUUACCUUUUGCCACCGCCGGCGCCUGCCUUGGCCGGGAAACCAUGCGGCGGCUAUCCCGUCACUUCCGCCGCUAAUUUACAACGAAUUAACGAAAUCCUCAAAUGCAUUCACUCAAAAGGUGAACGGCUACGGUGCUAAUUGUACAGUAGUUAGCACCGUCCUAACCAAGAGAAAAACUACUAUUAGUUUGAAUUAGUAGUGAUUUAGCUUAGAUGUUGUAUUGAUUUUAUAAUAAUCCGUAGUGAUUUCGUUAUUUUUAGUAGCGUUUUUUGCUAGUUAUCACGGUGCUAUUUAUUCGCUCGACAAAACUAACCAUCAAUAUUUUUACAAAAAUUAGGAGUCAACUUAAUCGAUAAUGUGAUCGAUCUAAUUAACAAUAUGGUCGAUAUGAUUGGUUUUGUCGACCUGAUUGAUAAUGUGAUUGACCUGAUUAAUCUUAUGAUUAAUCGAAAAAUCGCAACUAACGACAUUUUGAAUGGAGAAUGUGACUAAUGAGGUGUUCGGCAUGUUUCGGAUUGUAGGAGGGUGUGUUUGUUAAGAAUGAAAGUAGAAGGGUGUAUUUGUCAAUGAAAGCAAAGUAGAAGGGUGUGUUAGUAAGUAUAUAAGUCUUUUUUUUUCAAAUUCAAGAAGCAAACGACUCCGUUGACCGUUGCAGCGUAGCGAAAGUUUUACCAUUUGGAUUUUGGGUGCCGGCCGCCGCCCAGCCUACCGUGAUCCAGCCGCCGGCUACCUGUUCGUCAGUUCCCGGCGACAAUCAGCUGCCUCCACCUCUUGUCUCUUCCUUUCUUUCCCUCUUCCACGCUCCAGGUAUGCUUCUUAACCAUUCUUGAUCUAUGAUUUGCGGAGGAUGGUGUCUGUAGAUUGGAAUUUCUAGGGUUCUUGAAUACGAAAGUUCGGGGGAAUUCGAAAAUUGAUGGAAUUAAUGGUUUUUCAAUCUCAAUAAUCUGACAAUCCCUCGUUUUCCAUUGAUUUCUAUAUGUAAUUCGUGCUUAAACGUGGACUUGGCUGAAAAUUUGCAUUUCUUUGGGUUGACACAAGCACAACGGAACUAGGAUUACUUGGUAUUUUUGCUUAUUCCAAUUCAUCUGUUCUUGGUUUUCACUAAUUACAAAUCUUCUUUUCACAGAAACAACCUCUACCAGCUGCAUUUAGUUCAAUUCAGACUUCCGGUGAUUGUUGGUUCAGUGCUUGCAAUGAGUGAACCUCCUCAGUACCCUCCAGUCGACCCAACAACAUUUGACCUCGUUGUCAUCGGGACGGGUUUGCCUGAGUCUGUGAUUGCAGCUGCAGCUUCCACUUCUGGGAAAUCAGUCCUUCAUCUUGAUCCAAACCCCUUUUAUGGCUCUCAUUUCGCGUCUCUAUCCAUUCCAGAACUCACCUCUUUCUUGAAUUCCAGCUCUGCUCCUCCCGUCUCCCUAUCAUCCUCACAGGCUGCUGACGGUGCAACUGAAGACCCUAAGUUUUCUAUCAUCAAUCUCAGUUGCCGAUCUCUUUACUCGGAUGUUGAGAUCUCCUCUUUGUCCCCAACGUUAUUGGAAGAAUGCUCUAGAAAGUUCCUUCUGGAUGUAUCUGGUCCUAGGGUAUUAUUUUGUGCAGACAAGGCCAUUGAUCUUAUGAUGAAAUCCGAGGCAAGCCAGUAUGUGGAAUUUAAGGGCAUUGAUGCCAGCUUCAUUGGUGAUGGGAACGGGGCAUUAUCGGCAGUUCCUGAUUCCCGGGCUGCAAUAUUUAAGGAUAAGAGUUUGAACUUGAUUCAGAAGAAUCAGUUGAUGAGGUUCUUUAAACUGGUACAAGGGCACUUAAGAGCUACAGCAGCAGCAGCAUCUACUAUCGAUGAAAACCAAAAUGAAGAAGGUGAAGUACAAGAGGCUGCAAGCAUGAUAUCAGAGGAAGAUUUGGAGAGUCCUUUCGUCGACUUCUUGACAAAAAUGCAGCUGCCACCAAAGAUUAAAUCAAUCAUACUAUAUGCUAUAGCCAUGGCGGACCAUGAUCAGGAGAACAGGGAAAUUUCUAAGCACCUACUUAAAACAAAAGAUGGAGUUGAUCGUUUAGCUCGCUAUCAGUCAUCAAUCGGAAGGUUUGCAAAUGCAUAUGGGCCUUUUAUUUAUCCUAUAUACGGUCAAGGGGAACUACCACAAGCAUUUUGCCGUCGAGCAGCCGUGAAGGGUUGCAUUUAUGUGUUGCGGAUGGGAGUGGUUGGCUUACUUGUGGAAAAGAGUAGUGGCAGUUACAAGGGUGUAAAGCUGGCUUCUGGUCAGGAGUUGUUUAGCAAUAAACUUCUUCUGAAUCCAGCAUUUACUAUUUCUUCACCAAGUACAUCUCCAGCGGAUCCUCUCUGCGUAAAAUCUCCGCAUCUAACUGUCCAAACAGUCAAAAGCAAGGUGGUUAGGGGAAUUUGCAUUACAAAACGUUCUUUGAAGCCAGACAUAUCAAAUCUUUUGGUUUUAUAUCCUCCUCAAUCAUUGUACCCAGAGCAGUUCACACCAAUUCGAGUUCUUCAGAUUGGUGGCAACUCAGCCAUAUGUCCCGUGGGAAUGUUUGUACUCUACCUUUUGGCUUUGUGCGAGGAUGGUGCUGAAGGGAAGAAGUUGCUGAAUGGAGCCAUGAGUGCGUUGCUAGCUUUCCCUGAUUGUUCCAAGUCUGAUUCUGUAGUUCAUGAUGAAAAUGUUAGCCAGACAGUUGGUUCCGAGGAAGGCAAACCGGCACUGCUUUGGAGUGCAUUGUAUGUUCAGGAGAUGCAGACUAUGGGACGAUCCGAUUUCAUCACGUCCACUCCCACCCCCGACGGAGAUCUGGACUACAGUUCACUUUUCGAUGCUACACUAGAGCUGUUUCAAACAAUGUAUCCAAACACCGAUGUUUUUCCAGAGACGAGCUCAUCCGAGGAGCAUGGUGGAGAGAAUCUGGAGAGUUGAAAUCCAAAGGCAGUCCCAAUUCCUUCUUUUUCUGGUGUUGUGAAUAUAUGUUUUGAUGGUCUCAUGACUGGUAAUCUUCGCUUGAAUAGUUUGUUGUAAAUGCUCCGGUUCAAAUUCUACACUGCUAAAUGAGUCAAUUUGCCCCAAUUGGAUUAAAACGAGACACUUGGGUCAAAUUAAUCCAUUAUAGAGGAAGGAAUAUCAGAGAAAGGAAUGAUGGUCGACAAAUAACCGAACCAUCAAUAAGAGAGUCUUUUUUCG